ACAAAUCAUCAUUUCCUGCGGAGCGAUGAAGACAAUACUGUUAUUUAAACUACUGCUAUUACUUGCUCAGCUUGUUAAAAUGGACCGUUUGGCUGCUGCAAACACACAGUUCUCUCUUAACCUGUUCAAGAAGAUCAGUGAAGGAAAUACAUCAAAAAAUGUGUUCUACUCUCCGAUCAGCAUCUCCUCGGCUCUGGCCAUGGUGUCGCUUGGAGCAAAAGGAAACACAGCAACGCAGAUGUUUAAGGUUUUGGGCUUUACCAGUCCUUCCAAACCCUAUGCCGAGAUUCCAGCUCCUCAUUAUUCAGUGGACCAAAUUCAUUCCAGCUUUAACAAGCUCAUGAGUGAACUCAACAAACCUGGAGUCCCGUAUCUGUUGAGUCUUGCCAACCGCCUCUACGGAGACCAAUCCUACCAGUUUGUUGAGAAAUUCCUUAGUGAUGCAAAAAGAUACUAUGAAGCCAAACUGCAAAAGGUGGACUUCAAAACGAAAACAGAGGCUGCACGUGUUGACAUCAACAAAUGGGUGGAAGAAAAAACACAAGGAAAGAUCAAGGACUUGCUCUCACAGGGAUCCCUCGACGGGAUGACGAGACUGGUCUUGGUGAACGCCAUAUACUUCAAGGCGAAUUGGGAGAAGAAAUUCCCAAAAGAAGCCACCACAGAUGGACAGUUUAAGAUAAGCAAAACUCAAACUAAACCAGUGAAGAUGAUGAAUCAGAAGGCGCAGUUUCCUCUGGCCUUAAUCCCAGAGAUGAACAGUCAGGUUCUGGAGCUGCCGUAUGUCGGGAAGAAUCUCAGUAUGUUGAUCAUCCUUCCUAAUGAGAUUCAAGAUGAAACCACUGGCCUUCAGAAUCUUGAAAAGGCACUGACCUACGGGAAGCUCAUGGAGUGGACCAAACCCAGUAAGAUGCGUAAACAAGAAGUUCAAGUGUCUCUGCCCAGGUUCAAGAUGGAGCAAACCUAUGACAUGAAGAAUCUUCUGAUCAGCAUGGGAAUGGAGGAUGUUUUCGAUGGGCGGAAGGUGAAUCUUUCAGGCAUGUCACCCAACAAUGACCUGGUGCUGUCGAAGGUGAUUCAUAAAGCCUUUGUUGAAGUAAAUGAGGAAGGAACCGAAGCAGCUGCAGCCACCGGCGCCAUCGUCGCCACACGUUCAUUUGCACCAGUGUUUAUUGCAGACCAUCCGUUCCUUUUCUUCAUCCGUCAUAAUCCCUCCAACAGCAUUCUGUUUUAUGGACGCUUCUGUUCUCCUUGAAGAUGCAUGAUAAAGUUAUAAAUCUAGUCGCACAUGUAUUCUAAAUACAUUGUAUUUAGAAUAAUGCAUUAGCUAAAACUGGUGUUCAAAUGUGGGAAAAG